CUCACCGAUUCACACCGGGAUCGUGAUGCGUUUGGUUAGAUCCGACAUUCUAAAUAUUAAACGCAAGUUUGGAGUUCUGAUGUAACUGUGUAAAUCAUUGUGCAUUAUGUUACAAACACGUGUUACCCACGGCUACUGUACUGUAUAACGUAGCUAGAGCUAGCUAGUCUACAACUUUUCUUGCGCGUUCCCGUGACAGAGCCAGCCAUUUUGAUUUUGAAAUAUGACAGCAGCGAGAUUCUUUUGCUGUUGCAGUUAGCUAGCUGAGCUAGAGUCCAGAUGCUAUCCUGGAUCUAAACGAUCAGUUUAAUCGAUGUAUUUUGCACUUUAAUUAGACGCGAGGUUUAAAUCAAAACGGAACCUGGCCCAUACCGACUCAUCUACCUAGACAUUCGUCAGAUUUGUGACCGAUUUUGCAAUGAUGAUGAAUGAUGGGUGAAACGGACAGUCUGGGGAUGUGCAACUGCACAGCUGACUGGCCUGGGACAUAUGAAAAAUAGGCCAGAGCAGGCUAGUGUAAUCUGGCGGGUCAAGGUUGCAGACAUCUCUACGUGUGAGAGUUCGUUUGUGCUUGUGGUGUGAGAUUGUGUGGGGUGUAGAGUGAAUGUGAGAGAGCUGUGUUGUUGACUGCAGACACCCAUGCUGCUCUAUAUCCAGGCCACCUGCAAUCUUCGAGACCCAGGUCCGUGUGCUCACAGAGCACUGACUGAGGACACUCCAUAUCCACGGCUGAGUGUGUGAGCUUGUGACCGCAGCAGCCAUGUUUUGGAAGUUUGACCUGCACACUUCGUCCCACCUGGAGGCUCUACUGGAUAAGGAGGACGUCACACUCACAGAGCUUAUGGACGAGGAGGAUGUGCUGCAGGAAUGCAAGGCCCAGAACCGCAGGCUCCUCCUGUUCCUGUCUCAGGACAGCUGCAUGCAGGAGCUGCUUCGUCUCAUAACUACAGAGCCCCCUGCUGGUGUGGAGGAAACCUGGCGCUUCAAGUACCCUAACAUAGCAUGUGAGCUGCUGACGUGUGAUGUCGCUGUAAUUAAUGAUAAGCUGGGGAACGAGAAGCCGCUGUUGGAAACCCUGUAUGCCUUUUUGGAGCAGCCCUCCCCCCUCAACCCCCUCCUCGCCUCCUUCUUCAGCAAGACCAUUGGGAAUCUUAUCACACGCAAGACAGAGCAGGUGAUCUGGUUCCUGCGUGAGAAGGAGGGCUUCCUGCCUCUGGUGCUGAAGCACAUCGAUGCGUCGGCCAUGAUGGAUCUGCUGCUGCGCCUCAUCAGCUGUGUGGAGCCGGCCCCUCUUCGACAGGAGACACUUAAUUGGCUGAAUAAGGAGAGACUCGCCCAGAGGCUCAUUGAGCUCAUUCACCCAGGGAUCGAUGACGAGAGACAGUCCAAUGCGUCUCAGACGGUGUGUGACAUCAUUCGUCUCAGCAGAGACCAGGCCAAUCAGCUCCAGGAGAACUCCGUGCCUGACCCGUUGCUCGCUGUUCUGGAGUCUCAGGAGUGUGUGGGACAGCUGUUGAAGAACAUGUUUGAGGGAGGCAGGACGGAGAGCUGCAUCGUCAACGGAACUCAAGUGCUUCUCACCUUGCUGGAGAUCAGGAGGCCUGUGUUGGAGAGUCUGAUGGAUGUGUGUGCUCAGGGAUGUGAGAGAUGUUACCCAGUCAACAGCAGCAUCCUUCUGGCUAUCCUCCCCCACCUCACAGACUUCCAUCAACUGCUGCUGGAUCCGCCCAAGCGGGGCCCCAUGCUGACCACCCUGGGCGUGCUGGAGGAGCCGCUGGGCAACAGCCGUCUCCACGCAGCCAGACUGGUGGCGUCUCUGCUGCAGAGCGGCUCUCAGACCAGUUCCCCCACGAACACGGGGGUCCUCCAGGAGCUCUGCAGGCUCAAUUCCCUGGACCUGCUUCUGGACUUGUUUUUUAAGUUCAUCUGGAAUAACUUCUUGCACUUCCAAGUGGAGCUGUGUGUGGCCGGUGUCCUCUGCCACUCUGCCCAGGAGGGGAGGCCCCAGCCAGGCCCAGGGCCCCAGGAAAAUUCCGGGCUUGUCAAGGAGCCCCAGCAGGAACAGGCCCCACCCAGUCCCAAACCUCCAGAGCCGUCCGUGGCUCCUGACGUCUCUCACAACACGCUGGUGGCACAUCUUUUCCAGCACUGUCGCUUGGUCCAGAGGAUUCUAGAGGCCUGGGAGGAGAAUGACAAGAUACAGGCAGGCGGGGGAAUGAGGAGGGGCUACAUGGGUCACCUGACCAGGAUUGCCAACACAGUGGUCCAGAACCUGGAGAAAGGCCCUGUACAGACCCAUAUUAGCAGUCUCAUCACAGAGCUACCUGAAGACUGCAGGGGGCGCUGGGAGAGCUUUGUGGACCAGACCCUCACAGAGACCAACAGGAAGAACACGGUAGACCUGGUCAGCACCCACAACCUGCACUCCUCCAGUGAGGACGAUGACAUGGAGAGCCCGUUCCCCAAUGAAAUGUCACUGCAACAGGCCUUCUCAGACUACCAGAUCCAGCAGAUGACCGCAAACUUUGUGGAUCAGUUCGGCUUCAACGACGAGGAGUUUGCCGAGCAUGAUGACAGCAUCAAUGCCACCUUUGACCGUAUUGCAGAGAUCAACAUGAACAUUGACGGAGGGGAGGACAGUUCCAGCACCACCGUGUUUGAGGCGUGCUCCAAGGAGAAAAUUCAGCCCUUUGAUGAUGAGGAGGACAUCUGGGAAGAGAAAGAGAUCAACUAUGCAAGGCAGGGCAAGUCCAGAACUAGGUUCGGUGGUUCUCAAUGGUACAGGCCGCCGUCUCAAAGCGACGGGGCGAGCGACGCUCCUGCGCCGAACUCCUGCGCCGACCCUCCUGCGCCGGGCUCCGACACGGACGAGGGGGAGGGGCCAAAAGAGGGAGCGGAAAAUGUCAAGAAGGAGAUCCCGACGGAGCCCCCCCAGAGCGUUGGCUGGACGGCUGAUUUCGGGGAGGUGAACUCCAAGGCCCCCGCUGCAGGAGCUGGCAUCUCAGCUUGGGACAGUGUCGCCCCCCAGCCGGUCACCACGGAGACGGAGGAAAAAGGCUGGGCCAAGUUUACAGACUUCCAACCCUUCUGCUGCUCAGAGACGGGUCCGAGAUGCAGCUCUCCUGUGGACUCGGAGAUCAGUGGGUCUGACGGAACUAAACCGGACCAGGAUCGGAACCCCUGCGUGUGGAGCGUGUGCGUGGCGAGGAAGGCCCCCCUGGUGGCGUCGGACAGCUCUUCAUCAGGCGGCUCCGACAGCGAGGAGGAGGAGGAGAAGACCGAGUCCGUCUCCACGGACACAGUCACCACGGAGACGAUCACCACGGUAGCCGGCAAAGAGACCCUCCGACUCACCGUGGAUGCCAAACACGAGAGGGCGGUCUUCACCAGAGUAUUCAGACCAGCGGUCAGAGGUGAGGAGGACAAGCCGCCCCUGGACAGACUCUCCACCAGAGAGGAGAAGAAAGACAAGAAGAAGGAGAAGGACGGCGACGCGACCCACCCCGGCCCCUGGCCCCCCACAGACCGCCCUGCAGCACUCACUAAAGAGACGCCCCCCUCUGCAAACGGCCCAGCCUAGAAAUGCGGUACACACACAGACACUCACACGCACACACAUACACACACACACACACACACUUCAUUAUACAGCAUCCUGUGGUGUUCAGCAGUGCUGUCUUGCCAGGUCAGUGUCCAGAGCUGAUUCAGAAAAAGAGGGAGGCACAGGGAGAGCGGAAGCUUCUGGACUGAGAACAACCAACCAAUAAAUGUGUCCCUGCUCCCACAGUAGUGUCUCCUAAGUAUACAGUAACAUCAUCACACAGGGACUGUGUGUGUGUGUGUGUGUGUGUGUGUGUGUGCGUGUGUGUGUGUGUGGGAUUCAGCUUUAUGUUGUCGUCGGGGUUGUUUGGCUUGGCUCCUUGGCUGAGCUAGAUUUUGCACUUAAACUCUUUGUUGAGGCGCUGACCUCAGGCUGUGGUUCUGUCCUCAGCUCAGUGCAGGGAGGGCUGGGGGUGUGAGGGAGAGGGGAACACUGAAAGAUCCUCUAAGCCAACUUCUGUCACUGUGCCGUUUCAGUAAACCUUUUUUUGUUUUUGUUUUCCCAUGAUCUGAAGUGCACAUUUUGAUCAUAUGUUAUGAGAAAAUUGUUCCAUUAGAAUCUCUUCUUUUUUGGAAAAUUCCCCCCUUGCUCUGCAUCUCUCUGUUUCUGCCUUUCUCUGUCUGUGGAGCAUUUCAGGUUGUUUUGUGUGCGUGCGUGCGUGUGUGUGUGCGUGUGUGUAGGCUCUGUCUAAAAAGAGUGUGUUCUCACGUCUAAAGAAGGGUCGGUGGAUGUGAUGAAAGCACACCUGUGUGACACAAAUACAGGUGUAUGUGCACGCACGCACGGACACACACACACUUUCACAAACACCGGGUCAAGGAACCGCAUAUCACCCUCCCACAGAACUGUUUAAAUGUAAUAUUGUGACAUUUGAACCUGUAUUAGGUUGUGGCUUUUCUUCUUGGUAAUAUGUAAACGUAAUAUAUGUAAACAGUAUAUAUAAACAGUAUAUCUUCUAUUUUUGGAAUAAAUCCAGAUGUAUGGUAAAACAGUUGUUUUGCAGGUUGCAGUGUGUGUAUUGUUCUGUUGAAAUGAGGCAAUAACUAUGUUAAUCUUUCUUUGUACCCCAGCAUCAGUUCCAGUUCCUCUGCUACAUACUUCCUCUGUUUGUGAGUGUGUGAGCGACCGUGUGUGUAACUUUUGUUUCAAGAUUGUUUUAUAGGUUUAGUAUAUGGGGAAUAUACUGUAUGUCUUCCAUAUACUUCCUGUGACUUAACAUGUUUUAUUUUAUUAGUAAAACAAAUGUCCUGUCCUUAUCAGGGCUGGAGCAGAUACAAGUUCACAUACCUAUACUUUAAUUUAUGUUUUUGUAAUUUAAUCACAUUUUGAAAGCACUUUUGAAAGCACUUUUUUGGUUGCUAGCCUACUAAACUUUGGCAAAGUCGUCCAUUUUGUGUCACAAAAUAGGGCAUGUUUUGACUUGAACGAGUGACAGAAUUAUAUGAAAAUAAGCCUGUUUCUCCACAAAGCUUGUUGCCAAAGUAUGUCUUCCCUCUAGGGAAGGGCUAGAUCUCAAACCUGUGAAGUGGUUUUCUUCUCCUUAAAAGUUGGGUAGAAGCAACUUGGCAGUUGGGCCCUUUGCAGACUGGACUGUGGAGAAGAGGUCACUGUUGGGAUCCAGCCUGGCCCAGUUCUGUUUCACUCCUUCCCCAAGCAUUUUCUCCUAGCUCAUCAUCAAUAUUCAACCCAAAGAGCUGUUUUCUCAACACAGAAUAGCUGAAACCUGCCGAGUCAUUGAAAGAAACGUGUGAAAUAGAACUGGGCACCUUAGUCAGGCUUUAAGCAGGAAGUCAGGGUUGUGUACAGGGUCUGAAUAUAUCAUACCUUUCACCUCCAAGCCCCAUGCACUGUAUCUGACCCAUAGGCUACCACACUUACACAUGUGGUACAAACACAUGGGCUGUGUUUCAGAGAGUGAGUUCCGGACAGCUCUGUGUAGUCAGAUGGCUUUUGUAAAGUGGUCUGAUGCUGGUGGUCUUUGCUGUAUAGACAGUAACAUGUCAGUUACCUGUUGUCAAACUUAGCUUGUACAUUCAGAUAUGAAACUAAUAAAUAUGUCUAUCCAGAUUAAACGGG